AUGACUGUUUUCUCCCCCACAACACUGUCAGAAGCAGAGGACACUAAUGAAACCCCGUCUUCUGAGGAGGACCAGGAUUUUGUUGAGUAUUCCAAAGAUUUGGCUUUCAAACAGACGACCCCGAGGAAAAGCAUCACUCAGAUCAUAAAAGACAAGAAGAAACAGACUCAGCUCACCCUUCAAUGGCUGGAGGAAAACUAUAUUGUUUGUGAAGGGGUUUGUCUGCCACGUUGCAUCCUGUACGCUCACUACCUAGACUUCUGUAGGAAGGAGAAACUGGAUCCAGCCUGUGCUGCUACAUUUGGCAAGACAAUUCGUCAGAAAUUUCCACUUCUUACAACAAGAAGACUUGGGACCCGAGGUCAUUCAAAAUAUCAUUAUUACGGCAUUGGCAUCAAAGAGAGCAGUGCCUAUUAUCACUUGGUGUACUCAGGAAAAGGCUUGACGAGAUUUUCAGGGAGCAAACUCAAGAAUGAGGGAGGAUAUACUCGGAAAUACUCCCUCAGCUCCAAAACAGGAACUUUGCUCCCAGAAUUCCCAAGUGUACAGCAUCUAGUGCUUCAAGGUUCUGUCUCUAAAGAGAAGGUGGACACGCUCAUCAUGAUGUACAAAACACAUUGUCAGUGCAUCCUGGACAAUGCCAUCAAUGUCAACUUUGAAGAGAUACAGAAUUUUCUGCUGCAUUUCUGGCAAGGAAUGCCCGACCAUCUUUCACCACUGCUGGAUAACUCCAUAAUCGUGGACAUCUUCUGUGUGUGUGACUCUAUACUAUAUAAGGUUCUGACAGAUGUCCUGAUCCCUGCUACGAUGCAGGAGAUGCCUGAAAGUCUCCUGGCAGACAUCCGUAACUUGGCCAAGCACUGGGAAGACUGGAUGGUGUCUUCUCUAGAAAACCUCCCAGAAUGCCUCUCAGAGAAGAAGCUCCCGAUCGCACGCAGAUUUGUGUCCUCUCUAAAACGUCAGACCUCCUUCUUACACCUUGCCCAGAUCGCAAGACCAGCUCUUUUUGACCAGAAUGUGGUGAACUCCAUGGUGGUGGAUAUAGAUCAAGUGGAUUUGAACAGCAUAGGGUCACAAGCCCUUUUCACCAUCUCAAGUGGUGACCAAGACUCUGACCUCUACUCUGAAUAUGACUCUAUAACAGCGUUCCAAGAGCUGAAAGACCUACUGAAGAAGAAUGCCACUGUGGAAUCCUUUAUUGAGUGGCUGGACACUGUUGUGGAGCAGAAGGUCAUUAAGCCUGGGAAGCAGAACGGACGGUCCAUAAAGAAGCGAGCUCAGGACUUCCUCCUCAAGUGGAGUUUCUUUGGAGCACGUGUUAUGCACAACCUCACGUUGAACAACGCCACAAGUUUUGGUUCGUUCCACCUAAUCCGCAUGCUGCUGGAUGAGUAUAUCCUUCUGGCUAUUGAGACACAAUUCAACAAUGACAAAGAACAAGACCUCCAGAAUAUCCUAGAUAAAUACAUGAGAAAUGCAGAUGGCAGCAAGGCGGCAUUCACUGCCUCCCCUAGCUCCUGUUUCCUGGCCAACCGUAACAAGCCCAGCGCGGUGUCCAGUGAUCUGUCUGUGAAGAACGAGUCCCUCUCAGAACACACAUACAUGACCCUGUCAGCUAAUCAGCAGGCAAACAUGACUGUCUACCAAGGCUCUGAAACAGAUGGAUUCUCUCUGUCAGGACAAAUGGACUUUUCCCAGAACAGUGGCCCUCUGAUGACCCCUCCCAUCUCCCCAGCCAUGGUGAACAGGGGCAGUGUCAUCAACCAGGGCCCCAUGGCCGUCAUACCCCAGAUCGCCUGCACCACCAUCCAGCCCCACAUCUCCUGCCAAGCCUUCCCAGACACCAUGUACCAGAGCCUGCCUUCCAGUAGCCCAAGCUACUACCCAACCACUUCCAACUACCAGGCUGUGUUCAGGCCCCAGACACACGCUCAGGCCCCUGCCUACCACACCGGCUCCGAUAGCAGCCACUACCCGUCCUUCAGUGAACAGCACCUGGCCAAAGACUACUUCAACAGCAGCUGUGCAGUGUCCCCCUACAGCUCCAGACCCACCUCCAAUUACAGCACAGUCCCUGAUCCUGGGAUGGAGACUCAGGGAGUUCAGCUACUGGACUCUGGAGGAUACAACUUUGUCAUGAGUGGGUUAAACAGUAGUGGCUGUCAGGAGUCUGCCUACUCAACAGCAGGACACAGGUACUAUGGAAACAGUGGCUACCUAGAUAGCCAGAGGCUGGGUUCCAUGAUAGACCAGCAUGUGUCAGUUAUCAGCAGUGUGAGCAGUAUCCGUUCCGUCCCAACAUACGCUGAUGUACACGACCCCCUCAACAUCCUGGAUGACACAGGCAGAAAGCCGGCAGGCCCUUACUACCCUGAGUCUGACUCACUGGGCACACCUGGAGCUCCUCCCCUCCCCUCCUCGAUCUCCGCACCCUGCAUGUAUGGAGGUCCUGCCCAGUUCCACUCCCAGGAUGCACCGCUUCCUCAACAGGGAUCAUCUGAGGUAUGUGACAUGGUGUCAUCGCUGCCACCCAUCAACACUGUGUUUAUGGGGUCUAGUGGAGGAGGACCGUGAGCUGUGACAGAACCUCCAACCACCAC